AUGUUUUCUUCAGGGGAAGGUGUUGAGCAAGAUAUAGAUCGAGCCAUGUUUUGGCUUAAAGAGGCGUGUGAUCAAGGAGAUCAUUCAUGUACCAUUCUCUUUGGAAUUAUGCACUACUUUGGAUUACAUGAUUGUGAGCUAGAUUUGGAAAAAAGUAGACAAUUUUUGGGAAAAUUAGGUACUCAAUUCGAUGACAGAUUUCUCAGUAAGGUAAAUUCAAGCUGUUGUUGCAAUGAAUGUUUUGUGGAAGAUUUUGGAUUUAAUUAUGAAUGUGCUAAUUUAUCAUGUGAUUUUGAUUUAUGCCAACGAUGUUACGAGAAUGGAGCUAAAUGCAACAAAUGUGGAAACUCAAAAUUUGCCAAACACCACGCUUUACAACUUUUUGUUCCUUUGCUAAAGCAGUUAAAUGAAAAACCAAAGCACACAAAAUUGGAAACAUUGAUCAAACUCCUUGAAUAA